AAAAGAUUUUGUUCUUCAAAAUACACUGACAGUGGAUUGGCAUAAAAUGAUGCAUGCAUACAUUCAUAAAAGUACAACAUAAUUCAAAGAUGUAAUGCAAUAAUGUUAGAGUGAGAGCAAAUCUGCUGUGUACAGUAAAUGUUACAUGGGGAUGCAGCCACACUGUAAAAUGUUGCUGUAGAUUACAUGUAGUCCGUGUUUCACUAAGUAAGCACUGCAGCUUGUCAUUGCAAUGCAAUGAUGUGUUUAUUUGUAAAGCAUAUUAUGUGAGAUAGGUGCCCCUCAUUGGUAGAUGGCAAAUGUAUUUUUUUUUUUUCUUUUUUUUUGUUCUGUGAAAAUCAUCCUGUACAGAAAAAAAAAACAUUGGUUCAUGCUGCGUUUAGGCAUCAAAGUUUUCAACUUCUCAGAAAUCUUAAAAUACUUGCAUUGUAUAAACAAAUACUGUCGGUUAGUUGUUUAUUUUAUCACUUCUGUUAAAAAUGUGAUAUUUUUAUUUUAUCCGAAGUACUGCAUCUUUUUGAGCUUAAUCAUUAAUCUACAAUAAUUACUAUUACUCGGUUCAUAGUCCCCAGUGUUUCAUGAUUUAACAGUCGUGUACACUAAUUAAUGAAAAAAAUAUCAACAGAACAAAAGUAAUAAAAAAAGUGAUUUUAGCAUUUAAAUGAUUUUUAAAGACCUUAUUUGAGCAUAUGCAGACUCUUAUCCUUAUAUUCUUUAAGGUGUACGUUAAAACCUAUAUUUGAGUAUAACUAAAGGACUCACACACACUGUACAGUACAGACUUUACAAAAUUCAGAGCCUUGCUGGAGCUGCACACGCAUGCGCGCUGCCGCACAGCCGUGACUAGACAUUCGGUCAUAGAAGCGGCGGAGGGGGCGCUCGAGCCGCGCCGGCGAAACAAAUCAACGCUCGAAGGCACAUUACGAAGAGGGUGAGUAGACUAAUUGCGUCAACCGCUGCGCCGUCUUUUUCAUCCCCCGCAAAUACCAACUCGGGAGCGCAGACAUUCACCCGGGACCGCCUGUCCUGUUCAUGCGGGUAGGUCAGUCGCACAAGCACAGUCCGCCAUUCCCCUUUUUUAUAUUUAACGAGACACCCUUUCGUGGUCGGGGGGGUUCUCAGUAGCAUCAUAGGCUUAUGUGCAUAAUUGACUGUGAUUGCCCCCCGUGUUCAGUUCAAGUGCAGUGGUAGAUCCUGGAGCCGUAAUUGCAUCUGCGCGCAACGGAUGAUUUGCUGCAGCGCAGCGAGAGAAUGGAGAGUCUUCACCUGACAGGCGUUGGAUAAGAUUCAACCAUAUCUUGCAAGGAUUGUGCAGCCACAUCAUUUAUCAGAACGGCAUAGUUAAAUCAGAUAUGCAGCCUCACUGUCCAGAUGUCUCCAACAGUUCUGUCGAAUCAAACCACUAAAUGAAUGCUAAUUUAGAUCAAUUACUUUUGCAUAUUGCAAAUGAGUUUUAGCAAAGACCACGCCCUCCUCCUCUCUCUCACCUUCUCUCUGUCAUUUCUCUCAGGUCCCUGCUGCUCACCGAGGAGCAGGAGAUCCAGGGCGAUGUCAACGCCAGAUCCCCCCAUGGGAGGCACACCUCGCCCAGGUCCUUCCCCUGGUCCGGGUCCCUCCCCCGGGGCUAUGCUGGGCCCCAGCCCCGGGCCCUCCCCGGGCUCCUCUCACGGUAUGAUGGGCCCCAGCCCGGGCCCUCCCUCCUCUGGACACUCUCAGUCAGGGCCCUCUGGAUACGGCCAGGAGAACAUGCACCCUCUGCACAAAUCCAUGGAGAGCCUGCAUGAGAAGGGCAUGGGUGAGGAGGGCCGCUUCAGUCAGAUGAAGGGACUGUCUAUGAGACAGGGCGGGCACAGUGGUAUGGGCCCCCCGCCCAGCCCUCUAGACCAACACUCGCAAGGUUACCACUCUCCAUUGGGUGGCUCUGACCACUCCAGCCCUGUCCCUUCAAAUGGCCCCCCCUCUGGACCUCUUAUGCCAUCAUCCUCCUCCUCCUCCUCCUCCUCUGGUGGUCCCGGCUCUGCCUCUGCACCUUUGGAUGGUCCCAGUGGCGAUCAACACACCCUGGGUCCCAAUAACCGGCCUGGCCCUCCUGGUAGCUCCGGCCCAGGCCCCAGCCCUGGACCCAGCCUGGGCCCCGGUGUCUCCAGCCUCGUUCCUGGCCUUGAACCUGGAGGCCUUCAUUGCCCUGGAGGUCCUGCAGGCCCUACUCCUUUCAACCAAAACCAGCUUCACCAACUCAGAGCCCAGAUCAUGGCUUAUAAGAUGCUUGCCCGGGGGCAGCCCCUGCCAGACCACCUCCAGAUGGCUGUCCAAGGGAAGAGGCCGAUGCCCGGGAUGCAGCAGCAGCCCAUGCCCAGCCUGGCUCCCGGAACUGGAGGCGGGCCAAUAGGUGGGCCAGCAGGACCAGUACCAGUGCCUGGGCCUAUGGGCUCAGGCUACAGUCGAGUUCAUGGAAUGAUGGGUCCCAACAUGCCUCCUCCAGGCCCAUCGGGUCCAGCUGGGAUGCAGGGACAAAACCCAAACGGACCUCCGAAGUCCUGGCCUGAAGGUCCCAUGGUGAACGCAGCAGCACCCUCCAACGCACCCCAAAAGCUUAUUCCCCCUCAGCCCACAGGUCGGCCCUCUCCUGCCCCGCCCUCAGUUCCCCCCGCCGCCUCCCCAGUAAUGCCGCCACAGACUCAGUCCCCCGGCCAGCAAGCACAGCCUACUCCCAUGAUGCCUUACCACGCCAAGCAGAACCGCAUUACCCCCAUUCAGAAACCCUGCGGCCUCGACCCAAUGGAGAUACUGCAGGAGAGGGAGUUCAGGUUACAGGCUCGUAUCACUCAUCGUAUUGCUGAACUGGAGAACCUGCCGGGCUCUCUGGCUGGUGAUCUACGUACCAAAGCUACUAUAGAGCUCAAAGCCCUCCGACUGCUGAACUUCCAGAGACAGUUGCGUCAGGAGGUGGUGGUGUGUAUGCGCCGCGACACAGCUCUGGAGACCGCCCUCGAUGCCAAGGCCUACAAGCGAAGCAAGCGGCAGUCUCUGCGAGAGGCGCGCAUCACGGAGAAACUGGAGAAACAGCAGAAGAUCGAGCAAGAGCGCAAGCGCAGACAGAAACAUCAGGAGAACCUCAACAGCAUCCUGCAGCACGCCAAAGACUUCAAAGAGUACCACCGCUCCAUCACGGGCAAAAUGCAGAAACUGACCAAAGCGGUGGCAACGUACCAUGCCAACACGGAACGGGAGCAGAAGAAAGAGAAUGAGCGCAUCGAGAAGGAGAGGAUGAGGAGGCUCAUGGCUGAGGAUGAGGAGGGCUAUCGUAAACUGAUUGACCAGAAGAAGGACAAGCGUCUGGCCUACCUGCUGCAGCAAACCGACGAGUACGUCGCCAACCUCACCGAGCUGGUACGAGCUCACAAAGCUGUGCAGGCCCUCAAGGAGAAAAAGAAGAAGAAAAAGAAGAAGAAGAAGAAAAAGAAGAAGUUGGAGAUCGCUGAGGCUCAGACCGCUGCCAUGGGUCCUGAUGGAGAGCCUCUGGAUGAGACGAGUCAGAUGAGUGACCUGCCCGUGAAGGUCAUCCAUGUGGACAGUGGGAACAUCCUGACAGGAGUGGACGCUCCUGAAGCCGGACAGCUGGAGACCUGGCUGGAGAUGAACCCCGGUUAUGAGGUGGCUCCUCGCUCAGACAGUGAAGACAGCGAGGAGGAGGAAGAGGAGGAGGAGGAAGAGGAGGAGCCUCAGCCAUCAGCUACCCAGGUGGAGGAAAAGAAGAAGAUUACAGACCCUGACAGCGAGGACGUGUCGGAGGUGGACGUCCGGCACAUCAUUGAAAACGCUAAGCAGGAUGUGGAUGACGAGUACAGCGGCGCAGCGUUCGCCCGAACCCUCCAGUCUUAUUAUUCAGUGGCUCACGCUGUCACAGAGAAGGUGGAGAAACAGUCCACCUUGUUAGUAAAUGGACAACUCAAACAGUAUCAGAUUAAAGGUCUGGAGUGGCUGGUUUCCCUCUACAACAACAACCUGAAUGGGAUCCUGGCGGACGAGAUGGGUUUGGGAAAAACCAUCCAGACCAUCGCCCUCAUCACGUACCUCAUAGAGCACAAACGGCUCAAUGGGCCCUCCCUCAUCAUUGUACCCCUCUCAACUCUUUCUAACUGGGUGUAUGAGUUUGACAAGUGGGCGCCGACGGUGGUGAAAGUGUCCUACAAGGGGUCUCCUGCUGCCAGACGAGCGUUCCUCCCCCAACUGCGCAGUGGCAAGUUCAACGUUUUACUCACCACUUACGAGUACAUCAUCAAGGACAAACAAGUACUGGCCAAGAUUCGUUGGAAGUACAUGAUCGUGGAUGAGGGCCACCGGAUGAAGAACCAUCACUGCAAGCUGACCCAGGUCCUGAACACCCACUACCUGGCCCCGCGGCGGGUCCUGCUGACGGGCACGCCGCUGCAGAACAAACUACCCGAGCUCUGGGCAUUGCUGAACUUCCUCCUGCCCACCAUCUUCAAGAGCUGCAUCACCUUCGAGCAGUGGUUCAACGCCCCAUUCGCCAUGACCGGAGAGAAGGUGGACCUCAAUGAAGAGGAAACCAUCUUGAUUAUCCGUCGUCUCCACAAAGUACUUCGGCCCUUCCUGUUACGCAGAUUAAAGAAGGAAGUGGAGGCACAGCUUCCAGAGAAGGUGGAAUACGUGAUCAAGUGUGACAUGUCGUCUCUUCAGAGGGUGCUGUACAGGCACAUGCAGGCUAAGGGGAUCCUGCUCACUGAUGGAUCAGAGAAGGACAAGAAGGGUAAAGGAGGCACAAAGACCCUGAUGAACACCAUCAUGCAGCUGAGGAAGAUCUGUAACCACCCGUACAUCUUCCAGCAAAUAGAGGAAUCUUUCUCUGAACAUUUAGGAUUCUCUGGUGGGAUAGUCCAGGGCCCUGACCUGUAUCGAGCAUCGGGAAAGUUUGAGGUGUUGGAUCGAAUCCUGCCAAAGCUGAACGCAACAAACCACAAAGUGCUGCUCUUCUGUCAGAUGACCACGCUCAUGACCAUCAUGGAGGACUACUUUACCUAUCGCAGCUUCAAGUAUCUGCGUCUGGAUGGCACUACGAAAGCUGACGAUAGAGGAAUGUUGCUGAAGACAUUUAAUGAACCAGGGUCAGACUACUUUAUCUUCCUCCUGAGCACAAGAGCUGGAGGCCUCGGCCUCAACUUGCAGUCUGCCGACACAGUGGUUAUUUUUGACUCUGACUGGAACCCACAUCAGGACCUGCAGGCUCAGGACAGAGCCCACCGCAUCGGUCAGCAGAACGAGGUGCGCGUGCUGCGCCUCUGCACGAUCAACAGCGUUGAGGAGAAAAUCCUGGCCGCUGCCAAGUACAAACUGAACGUGGACCAAAAGGUCAUUCAGGCCGGCAUGUUUGACCAAAAGUCCUCCAGCCACGAGCGCAGGGCCUUCCUGCAGGCCAUUCUGGAACACGAGGAGCAAGAUGAGGUCUGGGGCCAGGAAGUGUGUCUACGCAUUAAUGAGGAGGAUGAGGUGCCAGAUGACGAGACGGUCAACCAGAUGAUUGCCAGGAGCGAGGAGGAGUUCGACCAGUUCAUGCGCAUGGACAUGGACCGCCGUCGCGAGGAGGCCCGUAACCCUCGGCGAAAACCUCGUCUGAUGGAGGAGGACGAGCUGCCCACCUGGAUCAUGAAGGACGACGCCGAGGUUGAACGACUGACCUGCGAGGAGGAGGAGGAGAAGUUGUUUGGACGCGGAUCUCGGCAGCGGAAGGAGGUGGACUACAGCGACUCACUGACGGAGAAGCAGUGGCUCAAGUCUAUGUUUCCCGUGCAGGCGAUAGAGGAGGGCACGCUGGAGGAGAUCGAGGAGGAGGUGCGUCACAAAAAGACGACCCGAAAGAGGAAGCGGGACCGCGACCUGGAUCUCCCCGGUCCCUCCUCUUCCUCGGGGGGACGAGGACGAGGGGACAAAGAUGAGGAUGGGAAGAGGCAGAGGAAGAGGGGACGACCGCCUGCUGAGAAACUCUCCCCGAACCCCCCCGUCCUCUCGAAGAAGAUGAGGAAAAUCGUGGAUGCCGUCAUCAAGUAUAAAGACAGCGCCAGUGGGCGUCAGCUGAGCGAGGUGUUCAUCCAGCUGCCGUCUCGAAAAGAGCUGCCGGAGUACUACGAACUGAUCCGCAAGCCUGUGGACUUCAGGAAGAUCAAGGAGAGGAUUCGGGGUCAUCGCUACCGCAGUCUGGGUGACAUGGAGAGAGACGUCAUGCUGCUCUUCCAAAACGCUCAGACCUUCAACUUGGAGGGAUCGCUGAUAUAUGAAGACUCCAUAGUCCUCCAGUCAGUGUUUACCAGUUUGAGGCAAAAGAUCGAGAAGGAGGAGGAAAGUGAGGGAGAGGAGAGCGAGGAAGAGGAAGAGGAACUGGAGGAAGGAUCGGAGUCUGAAUCUCGCUCAGUGAAAGUGAAGAUCCGUCUGGGAAAGAAGGAUAAGGGUGGAGAUCGAGGGAAGGGACGCAGCAGACGAACAGGACGCACCAGAGCCAAACCUGUUGUCAGUGAUGACGACUCUGAGGAUGAGCAGGAAGAGGAGCGCACCCCCAGUGCCACUGACGAGGAGUCCUGAACUGUACCAUAAGGUGGGAGAGAAGAGGGCGUGAAGGGACACCCCACCUCGUCAAGCCCUGCAUUUACAGUAAAUAAAUCCAUCCACCCUCAGUCAAAUGUCACAGGACUCAAAUAGAUGGGACAGUACCGUCCAAACAGGAACAGAUGCGUAUCGACAUCAAGGUGGAAACGCUACACAGACAAUAUCAUGAAAUGCACAAAUGAAUGGGAGUAUGCACAUCGCUGCAUUAAACUGUUUCUCUGUCGGAGCCUCAGUGUGAAAGAGCGUGAACACAGACGGAUCACAUCAGCUUUUUAUCUCCGUGUGCAAUUUCAGGAGCGUCUUUGAUCAGUUUUUAUGAGAAUGUUGUCAGUGUGCAGAUUUUAAAAACACUCCUGGGAAUCAGCUCAACUUAGAAAAUAUACUGCAAAUAUCAUGAAGCCAUGUGUAAUUGCAACAAUUAAAACUGUAAAGUCCCACUAUUUACCAUUUAUAAGCAGUAUAUAAACGCAGUUAAUAAAUGGUUGAUAACAUGCUAUAAUGUAGUUGUACGCAACUAUAAGCACAUUUUCAUUUUUACAGUAAAUGUAAUUCUCCUAUGAAGACGUAUUUUAUAUUAUUACUUUUGUGUUUUACUAUAUUUUAGCUGACUGUAGGAGGAGUUAUAGCUGUUGACAAAUACAUGAAUGUGUAUAUCUGCUUACAAGUACAAUAUAGUGUGUUAUAAACCACUUGUUCAAUCUUUAUAUAGUGUUUAUAAAUGCUUAUAGUGUUGCCAUCACAACCCAGCAUUCGUUAAGAGGAAUGACGGUUUAGUCAGUUAAACUCUGACACAACAAGACAUUUCAUUUCCUGUAUUUAUCCAGAUUUUCUCUUCUUUUUUUUGGGGGACAAAUUGUGAUCCAAAGUGAGUCCUUAACUCACCCGAGGAGUUAGAACUGGCGGGAUCCAGUAAAGUGACGCAAACAACGUUGAAUGUAAACAGAAAAUGUUUUGAGACGGAGCUGUGUUUUCACCCAGCGACUACCUUCCUUUCCUCUUACCUGGACACACAGACCAGAUGUUUUCACCUCUGCUUCACUGUAGGGAUUUGUGUUGUAACAACAGCCAGCCAGCGUGGAGCCACUGUGAUGACAGAGGUGUGUGCACAUCGCAUAUCUGUGACCAGCGCUCACUGUUGGGAGUUGUGGAUCCAGCCCGCUGUGGCCGCAGGGUGUUUCCAGACUUCUCAGAAGCUCUUUAGCAACUCACCUCAGUUGACUGAGGUUUAAUGGAGUUGGGUCCAGGUCACUGAAAGGCACAGUGCGAAAACAACCCUGCUGCUGCAUAUACUU